AUGGCAGCUCUUUUAGAUUACAAUUCAAGUUCAGAAAAUUACUACGCGAGCCUCAUCCAGGGGCAAAGAUUCGCGGUCAUACCAGAGCUUCUUCUUGAUUCAGGAGAGAUAUUAGACUCUUGUCCAAUCGCCUAUAAGACAUGGGGUCGGCUCAAUGAGACUCGAGAUAACGUCUUGGUGAUAUGUCAUGCUCUUACCGGUAGUAGCGACAUUAGCGACUGGUGGAGUCCAUUGCUUGGUCGCGGCAAGGCAUUCGACCCAGCGCACUUCUUCAUCUUCUGCGCCAACGUCCUAGGGUCACCUUAUGGAAGCGCUUCGCCCCUUACCACAAACCCGCGAACAGGAAGACCAUAUGCCAGCGAGUUUCCUCAGACAACAGUUCGUGACGAUGUGCGAGCACAUAAAUACGUACUUGACGCUCUAGGCGUCCGAUCUGUAGCAGCCGUAAUUGGGGGCUCGAUGGGCGGAAUGACCACUCUCGAGUGGCCACUAUGCACUGAGCAGGGAUAUGUUAAAAGCAUCAUUCCAAUCGCAACGGCUGCGGAUCACAGUGCUUGGGGCAUCUCUUGGGCAGAGGCGCAACGCCAGUGCAUCUACUCGGACCCUAAGUUUGACGAUGGCUAUUACGAGCCGCGCCCAGAGGGACAACCCUCAGCGGGUCUAGCUGCUGCUCGCAUGGUAGCCAUGCUGACGUAUCGCUCGUGCGUCAGUUUCGAUGCGCGCUUCGGCCGAAAACCCCAACGGCAGCAGAAAUCCAGACCUGUACAGGAUCCACCUCUUGAUCUACCACGUACGGACGUCCCUGUUGCAACAGCUACACCGACACAAACUUCCACAGCCAAGGAGCGGUCGGAAAGACAGAGUUGGGCAGCAAGACGCGAUCCUUCUUUCUCGGCUCAGGGGUACUUGCACUACCAGGGGCAGAAGUUUAUCCAGCGCUUCGACGCCAAUUGUUACUUGCAUAUCACUAACAAGAUGGACGCACACGAUGUGACACUUGGUAGGGUGCAAGCUGACGAGGAGAAUGGAGACGGCGACAGUGCGCUGCGCAGAGUUCUUGCCGUAGCCCCUCCCGGAGCGCUAGUUGUCAGCGUUGAGACGGACGCGCUGUUCCUGCCCGAACAACAAGAAAGGUUGGCAGCGUGUCUACCAAACGCCACGCUGGCUAUGUUGAAGUCGUCGGAUGGGCACGAUGGAUUCUUGCUGGAGUUUGAACAGCUCGGCACGCUGAUACUAGAGAAGCUGAGAAGGGACCUUCCCCAGUUCUACGGGUCUGUUGAUAACGACACUGCAUGGCUGGAGGAUCAUGCGAUGCAACCUGGCGGUGAUAGUUUGACUGGUGAGGUUGAGUCUUGGUGA